CACGGCCUCCUGAGCACCGCACCACCCUGGCACUGGCACUGGCUCACACUAUGGCAAAUGAAGCACAAGUCCUGCCCUCCCCGCUGAAAGGGAGGCAUCCUCCCGCAGUAAAAGCUGGAGGGAUGCGAAUUUCCAAAAAACAAGAGGUUGCUGUCUUGGAGAGACACUCCAAGAAAACAGGAUCUGAGAAAACAAGUGCCAUUGUGAAUAUUGCCAAGAUACAGACGAUGGAUACCCUGAAUGACACACUGGAGAAGGUUCUGAGGUCACAGCUACCCGAGAUGAAGCUCAGCCAUAAAUUUCCAGCAAUGGUGCACAUGGCACAUCAAAAACCCAGACCUGCUCUGGAGAAGGUCACUCCAAUGAAAAGGAUCUACAUUAUUCAGCAGCCUCGAAAAUGUUAAGCUGGGACAUAAAACACAGCCAUCUGCCCAACUGCCUCGAACAUCUGACAGCUUAGCCAAGGAACCAAACCUUUCCUUAGGCUCAGUACACUUGCUUGGUAAAUAAAACCGCUUUUGUAUCUUCUCUUUGGACAUUAGGUAAUAAAGCAUCCGAAAUUGUAAAUCCAA